GCUCAGUGUUCAUGGUUCUACUUGGAGAACCCAAAAUAGCAUUGAGUAAGCAGUGACAUACUGACGUGUUGUGCUGCUAAAAGCACAGCAUCCUUAAGUCUGAGGACAGUAAUUCAGGGAGGGUUGGCUAAGAAGCCUGUAAAUCAAAGAGAGAAGCUCUUUUCCUUCUUUUCUUACAGAACUGUGACGAACCUGCAAUUUCCUUUUCCUCAUGUUUCCUGGGAUUUGAAUCUGCUCAGAACAAGUUUUCUCUGUAUAUCCUUGGCUGUCCUGGACUAGCUUUGUAGACCAGACUGUCCUCAAACUCAUAGUGAUAUACCUGUCCAUGCUUUCCUGAGUACUAUGAUUACAGGAGUGCGGCAAAACACCUGACAGAAUACACAGAAUACUUAAGAUUGUACAGGAGUAUUCAGAAACAAACACAUUUUGCUGGCAUCAUACCUGUUCCGCUGUGGAAUAAUGGUUGGAAUCCAAAUACACAGCAGAACAAAUCACUGCUUCUUGAAACACUGGAUGCUGGUGAUUCCGUUUCUAUGGCCUUGCCUUGCAGUCGCAGAGACUUUGAAAGCUGAGAGGAAUCAGACUGUUGUGCCCUCUCCUUGGAGAGCUAAGCGUGCCUGGGUCUGGACCCAACUUGUUGUACCAGAGGAAAUGGAGGCGGGACAAUACGUUGGACGGAUCAAAUCUGACUUAGACAAUGGAGACAACCGUUUCCAGUACAAGCUGCUAGGGUCUGCCACUGGGAGCUUCAGCAUUGAUGAACAAACAGGUGCCAUAUUUGCCACAAGGAAGCUCAACAGAGAAGAGCAAUCCCUCUACACGCUGAGAGCUCAGGUCCUAGACAUCACUACUGGAAAGGCUGUGGAAACUGAGUCUGAGUUUAUCAUCAGAGUUUUGGAUAAGAAUGACAAUGAACCCAGAUUCCUAGAUGAACCUUACGAAGCUGUUGUCCCUGAGAUGUCUCCAGAAGGAACAUUUGUCAUCAAGGUGACAGCCAGUGAUGACGAUGAUCCUGCCAGUGGCUAUCACACCCGCAUCCUAUACAACUUAGAAAGAGGCCAACCAUAUUUUUCUGUUGAACCAACAACAGGAGUCAUAAGAAUAGCUUCUAAAAUGGAUAGAGAGUUGCAAGAUACAUACUAUGUGAUUAUUCAAGCCAAGGACAUGCUUGGUCAGCCGGGAGCCCUGUCUGGAACAACAACUGUAUCCAUUAAGCUGUCGGAUAUUAAUGACAACAAGCCAAUAUUCAAAGAAAGUUUCUACCGUUUCACUGUAUCUGAAUCUGCACCCAAUGGAACAUCUAUAGGAAAAAUUAUGGCAUACGAUGAUGACAUAGGAGAGAAUGCAGAAAUGGACUAUAGCAUCGAAGAGGAUGAUUCACAAACAUUUGACAUCAUCACUGACAAUAAGACCCAAGAAGGGAUAGUUAUACUAAAAAAGAACAUUAACUUCGAGCAGCAGAACCACUAUGGCAUUAGAGCCAAAGUAAAAAACUGCCAUGUCGAUGAAGAGCUUGCACCUUUCCAUAUUAACCCCUCCACAACAUACAUUAAAGUCCAAGUGGAAGAUGAGGACGAACCUCCCUUUUUCCUCUUACCGUAUUACAUAUUUGAAAUUUCUGAAGAAAAUCCAUAUGGAACAAUUGUAGGGACAGUCUCUGCCAUGGACCCAGAUCGAAGGCAAUCUCCUAUACGAUAUUCUCUCUCUGGAAGCAAAAUGUUUGAUAUAAAUGACAAUGGAACAAUCAUUACAGUUAACAAGCUUGACAGGGAAGUCAGUGCAUGGUACAACCUGAGUGUCACAGCUACAGAAACCAACAAUAUUCAGCAGAAGUCUUCAGUUCCUGUUUAUGUGGAAGUUUUUAACAUUAAUGAUCAUGCUCCUGAAUUUUCUCAGUUCUAUGAGACUUACGUUUGUGAAAAUGCUGAAGCUGGUGAGAUAAUUCAGACUAUCAGUGCAAUAGAUAGAGAUGAGUCCAUAGAAGAUCACCAUUUUUACUUUAAUCACUCUGUGGAAGAUGCAAACAACUCAAGCUUUAUGUUAAUAGACAAUCAAGAUAACACAGCUGUAAUUCUGACUAACAGAACUGGUUUCAGCCUUAAAGAAGAGCCUGUUUUCUACAUGAUCAUCUUGAUUGCUGAUAAUGGAAUCCCAUCUCUUACAAGCACAAACACCCUCACUAUACAAGUCUGUGACUGUGGAGACAGGGGAAGCACAGAGACUUGCAGUAACAAGGGACUAUUUUUAAUCCUGGGGUUCAAGAGAGAAGUAAUAAUUGCCAUCCUGCUAUGCAUUAUGGUGAUAUUUGGAUUCAUCUUUUUGAUGCUGGCUCUGAAACAGCGAAGAAAGCAGACCUUAUUUCCAGAUAAGAGUGAAGAUUUUAGAGAGAAUAUAUUUUGCUAUGAUGAUGAAGGCGGUGGGGAAGAAGAUUCAGAGGCGUUUGAUAUCGUAGAGCUGAGACGCAGUACUGUCAUGAGAGAAAGAAAAACCGGCAGGAGCAAGAGCGCGGAGAUCCGGAGCCUGUACAGGCAGUCCCUGCAGGUGGGCCCAGACAGCGCCAUAUUCCGAAAAUUCAUCCAGGAGAAGCUGGAAGAAGCUAACACAGAUCCAUGUGCCCCGCCCUUUGACUCAUUACAGACUUUUGCCUUUGAGGGUACAGGGUCAUCAGCUGGCUCUCUGAGCUCCUUGGGAUCCAGAGCCACUGAGCAUGAAGAUGAUUUUGACUAUCUUAACGACUUGGGACCUCGGUUUAAAAGAUUAGCAUGCAUGUUUGGUUCUGCAGUGCAACCAAACAAUUAAGGCUUCCCAAUAUCAGCAUGCAGUAAGUAUUAUGGCACAUAUAUAAAACAUGUACAUAUAUACAGGUAAUAACAGGCUUUUGAGAGAGCGGCCUACUCUGGCUUUCUGUCUGGUAGGAGCUCUGGUUUGUAGAAUUCUGAUCUUUUUCCAGUACACACUAGAGGUUAUUUCCUGUUCAACACAGAUAUUGCGAGGGAUGCUGCCAAUCAGAUUUCAUUUCUCGCUGAAAGUCACCGCUACACUCUCACUGAGAUGGUCUUCUAGAAGUUUUCCAUGUAAUACAACGGAGAUUCUCAACAAUUCUGAGGGGCAAAAUGAGAAAUGUAUGAAAAUGAAGCAUGCUUUUUUCCAUCUAUUCAUUCUUUUACAAAGUAAGAAUGAAGCGUGUGUACCCAGUUCCUAGUACUGUGAAGAGGUUAAUUUUAACACCCAGGAGAAAUCUGGGUAGGUUCAUAAAGGCACUCGGAUAUUUUCUUUAUACGAAUAAGCAGCUUUCUGAUUGAGAAUCUAUGAAUUAUUUUAUUUUGAAAAGUUUACCAUGUUUGCAAGCGUGACUCUUUAGUAUUCCAAAUUUGGUCCUAUUUAAUAUGUGAAUUAAUCACAGUUAUGUAAUAACUUGUGCUGGUUUGGUUAUUCCAAGUUUUUUAGAGAAAGGGAACCAGAACAUAAUUUUAGGAGUUUCAUCAGAGAUUAUUUUUUUAGCAACUUUAAAUGCCCAACCUGUUCAUGCAAAAAUAUAAUAACCAAACACAUGUUACUAUUUACUUGUGAUUAUAUUAUUACAUAUUGUAGCUGAUGAAAGCUGCAGAAAAUUUUGGUUUCUUCCAAAAUUGAGAUAGCUAAAUGCCAGCACUACUGGAUUCAAGGUUGAGAUAGUAUUUACUCAUGUUAUAUAUAUGCUAUAUACAUGUGAUUAUACCUACUCUGUCUCUUUGCUGCUCAUGCAAAUAAAGCAUGGUGCCAGGCUCUGCAUUUCUUUUAAAGGUAGGAGCUUAGCAUGUGACUGAUUCCUCAGUGCAAGUUUUUAUUGAAUCUGAAAUUAGAAGCAAUUUGAACUUCUCAUUAUAGAAUUAUGGAGGAGUAAGUGCUACAUGGUAAUUGGUAAUAAAACAUGAUAUUUUUAUUGACUUUUAAGAUGUGUUUCUUAUUAUAUCCAAAUCAAGAUGGAGUUCAAGUUUUAUAUUUCAAUAGAAAAUAAUGCAAUGAGUACAAUGCUCUUCAAAUUGCUUUGUGUGGCCAUUUUCAUUGAUAGUUUGUGACCGUGAACCAAACUAUGUAUAUUUAUAUGAAAUAUUUCAAAUAAUUUUGUAUGUAAUAGGGUGGUUGAGUCAUUAUAUUUUUCUUUGUAUUCUGAAAUAUAAACAUAUCACAUAA